UAUUAUACAUUUUUUUAAACCAGACAGUAAAAAAUGGCUUUUUGACGUAAUGAGAAGCUACGCGCAAGACGGUCACGUGAUAUUUUUUUUGGCUAGAGCCAUAUUUUUGUAGCUACUGCUGUAAGAAGCUACCUCUAAAGCAAAAGCAGUAGCUUGCAGCUUCGCCCAUUAACGCCAUGGAUUUCAACGUUAAGAAGUUAGCCAGCGGUGCGGGGCUGUUUUUCACGCGAGCCGUCCAGUAUACUGAGGAGAAGCUGGGACAGGCGGAAAGGACAGAGUUGGAUGCUCACUUUGAGAACCUAAUGAGCCGCGCUGACUGCACCAAACACUGGACAGAGAAGAUCUACAGACAGACCGAGUACCUGCUGCAGCCCAACCCAAUCGAUCACACUGGUGCCAGAAUUGAGGAGUUUCUCUAUGAAAAGCUGGACAUGAAAGCACCCUCCAGGGUUACCAACGCAGAGCUGCUGGGUCAGUAUAUGGAAGAUGCUGCGAAGGAGUUUGGGGCUGGUACACCAUACGGGAGCACUUUGCUGAAAGUUGGGGACUGUGAGAGGAGACUGGGAGCAGCAGAGAGAGAGUUCAUUCAGACCUCAGCCAUCAGUUUUCUCAAUCCACUCAGGAACUUCCUGGAAGGAGACUGGAGAACCAUCUCAAGAGAGCGCCGCCUUCUGGAGAACCUUCGCCUGGACCUGGACGCCUGUAAAGCACGUGUAAAGAAGGCCAAGGCGGCCGAGGCCAAGGCAGGGUGCGAGGGUGCAGUGGCCCCAGAUUUUCAGGAGACCAGACCUCGCAACUAUGUGCUUUCUGCCAGUGCCUCUGCGCUCUGGACUGAGGAAGUGGAAAAAGCUGAACAAGAUCUCAGGCUGGCUCAGACGGAGUUCGAUCGGCAGGCAGAAGUUACGCGGCUGCUUUUGGAAGGCAUCAGUAGUACCCAUGUGAACCACCUUCGCUGUCUGCAUGAGUUUGUGGAGGCCCAGGCCGCUUACUAUAAGCAGGGUCAUGUUCAUAUGCUGGAGCUGCAGAAAGAGCUGGGAAGUUCUGAUGAGGAUGUGCUUCCCAAUGCUUUCGCACUGAACUCCACUCACUCCGUGGCUGCUGCAGCCGGCGCAUCAGAAGGCACAGAGAGCCCAGUGGAGACGGAGACGCUGAAGAUCGAAGAGGUCCAGGCACCAGCUACAGGAACCCGCAAGGCCAAAGUUCUGUAUGACUAUGAUGCUGCUGAUUCGAGUGAGCUCUCCCUCCUGGCUGAUGAGCUGAUUACAGUUUACACAGUGCCAGGAAUGGACUCUGACUGGCUGAUUGGAGAGAAAGGAAAUCAGAAAGGAAAAGUGCCUGUCACAUACCUGGAGCUUCUGAGUUAGAGUUCAUGCAUGUGCAUGAGUGUGAACGGGCACAACUGAAGCUUUCACUUCAAAGGAAGACACACUUGCACUAGCGAGUAAGCUUCAGUAAACACUCCACUGCAAUCCGCUGCACACACUCCUCAGAAUAAUAACAGAAGGUCUGAACAUGGUGACACUGUUACAGUAAGAGGAGGAAACUCCCUGGCUGGGAUCAGUCACAUUCCUCCUAGACCAGUUUUGGUGAUGUCAUAACAAUGUUGUCAUUGAUAUUCUUCUAUUUAUUGAAGUGCAUGUCAGAUGUUUAAUCAGAGGAUUUCUGAUGCUAACUUAUUUGUUUUUCCGGGUGUUUCUUCAUGUUUUUACAGACCUUCCCACGAUCUGGGAAAAGCCUCCUAAAAAUAUAGAGUGAUGUGAAAAAGUGUCUUCCCCUCUUUUUUUGCAGGUAACAUAUGUAAACACAAAAUGCAAUUUUUAAAUAGGAUGCUUAUUAUUACAGGUAGGCCUGUGGCAAUAAACAAAUCAAUUAAUUGCACAAUAAAUUAAAAUGAGCUCCAUAUUAAAAUGAGGGCUAUAAUAAUCACUUGUUUCUUUUCAUCCUGUCUCUGACUCUUUCUACCAAAGACACUAGAUGACUAAAGUCUUCACUCCGGUGCUUUGUUACUCUUCUCUCGUUUCCUUGGUAGCAGCUUAACACACAGGGAGGUAAAAGCGUCCGCUUUCUUCCUUUUGGGCUGAACCCAAUAUACGGGACACAAUAGCAAAAACAGCUAAAAAAAAGUUUAGCAAUUUUCAAUUUUUCUCUGUGGCCUUGCUCGGCUGUGUGUGCACGUCUGCGUGUAUGAGCUAGAAAUUUGACAUGAAUAAAUUACGGCGUUCGCUCGGCUGGAUAAGGGCAAGUGACCGUCGCCUCACCGCUCAACGUCACAGCUGCAGUCUGGCAGUGCUUUAGAUUCAAGCUGAAUGACCGCGGUGAACCAUUGAACCUGUGGAGCCGCUGCGUUGUAAAACAGUAACAAUUAAACAGUACAACCAACAUGACUGCACCUAAAAUGCACUGAUGCAUGUUUCCUUGAAAGUUCUCCUCUGGAUGUCAGUAGAAAAAUAAACUGACCAAGUUAUCCCAAUGAGUUAUUAGGUUUAGGGCGUAAUCGCUUUUUCCCACAGGGCCAUGCCGGGUUUGAUUUUUUUUAUUUUUUUAUUUCACAUUAUAGUAAACAUUUUUGUUUCAAAACUGCAUUUUGUGUUUACUUGUGUUGUCUUGGAUAUUUAAAUUGGUCUGACGUUUUGAAAAACUGAAGUGUGAGAAACAGAAGACUUGGAAAUCAGGGAGGGGGCAAACACUUGUUCACCCCACUGCAUAUUUCUGCUUUUUCUAAUGUGUUUGUUCUGCAUUAGUAGGUUUCAUCUAAAACCGUCCAUCUUUACACGAAACAGUCCUGGACAUCAGGCCUGCAGUUUCAUGUCGGUUCAUUCAGGUUCACAGUAAACGCAGUGAAUCCCAGGUGUGAAUAAAUCACCCCUGGUUGACGUCUAGAUUUCCUAAACUACCAUGGAUUACUUUACAGGAGCAGCGUGUCUGAUUUUACCUUUUCCAGAAAACUAAAACAAAGACAUUGUUUACUUUUUAAUUAUAUUUUUUUCAUCCAUAACAAACUCAAACCUUCCACUGAAGCAUUAAUAUGCAGUGGAAAAGGCCAGACAAUGGUCCUCAUGGGUUCUUUUCCACUCCUGACUGUUGAGAGGAAGAUUUGCCUUAACUGCUGAUAAAGAUGAAAGUCUUAGCAAAUACCGCUUGCUUCUUACCGUUCCAUCACACUACAGAUUCCCGUCGGAGGAACAGUCUGCAUCCCUGUUCAGCAAAUAACAGACUGCAGCUGCUCACAGAAUGUUGUUUUUUUUUUGCAUGUUUGUCACAUUCAAGCCACAGCCAGCAUGCAAGUGCCCCUUCCCUUCAUCGUACCAGUGCUUCUUCAGGUGGUUUGUCCUUUUAGUGUUUUCUUUGAACACCUUCUGGCCUGUUUUGACUCGAACCUUAAAGUGUCCUCAGUCUUAGUGCUGCAUGUGCUGCAAACUGCUGUAGUCGCCUGUCCUGCUGGAAGUGUGUGCGAGUGAAUAAACAAUGUGAGAUUUAAACUUCUUUGCACCAAACCUCACGUCCAGUCUGCGUAUGCAUGAACCUUUCUUACCUCCUAAUAGACGGUGUUAUGAGUUUUAGAGAAAUAAGCGGCAGGCCGUCUUCACUGCAGACGUCGAGACAGAGGAAUGUAACCGCCUUGUCCUUCGAGCCUCACUUGUUUUUGCUUUUUAAUAAAUGUGCUACUGAUGUACCUUUAUUUUGUUUGAGUUGAUUUGCCUCUUACUAUCUGAAUGAGCAAAACUAAUUUAAUAAAAUGCAUAAUUUAUUUGAAA